CGAACUGGCAAACUGACUAGUCGCACUUUACACGAGUUCUUGCAGUGAGGGCCCAAACUCUGCGGAUAACUCGAGAUUAACAGCUGCGAUUCCCCCACAAAUCAUCCCAUUGGCAAAAGGAAGCAGCCACAAACACGCCGACACCAUACUCGAAGCCUGACUCGUCCGGGAACCACAGCAGCAGAAUGAGGCCUAGUGGAAGCACGGGCGAAGGACGGCCGCCUUCCCGCCAGAUGCCAAAUGCAACACACGAGUGCAAAACACACUCCCUCCCCCAUGGACCGGUGGGGUAUAUCCCGGUCCCCGCCAGGCAGAAUGCCCCGCACCCCGCACCAAACGACAGGCACAAUGACCUCCAUAAGCAAUGCAGAGAAGUGUGCACCCAAGAUGGUGGAUCACUGACACGACAGUGUCUGACAAGCGACAACAACAACCUGGUGUGGUGGACACCGGGGACCACGCAAGAGUCCCCAUUACUCUAAUCUUUGACCACUUCUGGGCCAAGUUACAGGCCCGCUUACAGCCUGAAGCACCUUGCCAAAACCUACACACGAGGGUCAGAGCCGAUGGCAGGCGGGUGACUGGGGGUCCUCCUCAGGGCAUCCAAGACCCACGCUUCAAACUCCCACAUCCAAGGCCCUCCCGGGCUGAGAGCAAUACGGAGGGCGCACCACAGAGGUGCUGGCCACACCGGCAGAGCGCAGCAAAGCGAACACCCAAGCGACCUGAUAUGACUACUAAUCUUCUUGGGAGUCUAGCUUCUCAUACCUAGCAUAGUGAAGUGUUAUUUUAUGCUCUCUGCAUAUAUUACCUAACCUAGCAUGUCUCCUAACCAAACCACUCACUUCAUACGUUGGCAAUUAGCUUGUAUCAUGACCUUCAACUGGAUAGACC